UUAAUCACCAUACGUGGUCGGCAAAGAAGUAGUAGAUAUUUAGUUAUUUUCGAAAACAAUUUACUGUGGUCUCACAUCAAACCGUGCCGAGCAAAAGACAUCAAACAUAGAUGACACGUGGGAAAAACUGGGCCGGCGGCGUCAGUCAAUUCAGUUUCGCCCUUACCAUCACCUCUGUUACUUCUGAUCUUAGACCUCUUUAUCACCAGCAGCAGCACCACCAGCAGCAGCACCAUCUCCACCAUCUCUGCCACCGCUUCCUUCUCCUUUUAUCUCUCUCUGCAAUCUAAAAGGCAUUUAUUUGUUUACCUUUUCUCUCUCUAAUAAUUGAGUCCGUAUCUGUUACACCUAAAUUUUCUUUCUCUCUUUCUGCUUUCGCUACUUCACUUUCAAAUAAUGAUCACUAGAGCUCAGAAUCGAAUCCGAGCUUAAAAAGAAAUGAGUACUUUUUAGUUCAAUUUUUUUUUUUUUUCUUUUGGGUUUCCUUUAUAAGAAAUGUCUGUUGCCGAGCUAAAGGCGCGCCACGUGGCGGCGACUGAGACGGUGAAUACUCUUAGAGAACGCUUGAAGCAGAAGCGGCUUCUUUUGCUAGACACUGACGUUGCUGGAUACGCGAGGGCGCAGGGGAAGCCUCCGGUUAGCUUUGGGCCUACCGAUCUGGUGUGCUGCAGGACGCUUCAGGGACACACUGGCAAGGUGUAUUCAUUGGAUUGGACUUCUGAAAGAAAUCGAAUUGUUAGUGCAUCUCAAGAUGGGCGGUUGAUAGUGUGGAAUGCUCUAACAAGCCAGAAAACUCAUGCCAUCAAGUUGCCCUGUGCAUGGGUUAUGACUUGUGCUUUCUCUCCAACUGGUCAGUCUGUUGCUUGUGGUGGUCUUGAUAGUGUUUGCUCUAUUUUCAACCUUAAUUCACCAACUGAUAGGGAUGGGAACCUGCCUGUAUCAAAGAUGCUUAGUGGGCACAAGGGUUAUGUUUCCUCGUGUCAGUAUGUACCAGAUGAGGACACUCACCUAAUUACAAGUUCGGGUGAUCAGACUUGUGUUUUGUGGGAUAUUACCACGGGCCUUAGGACUUCUGUGUUUGGAGGAGAGUUUCAGUCUGGACACACAGCAGAUGUACUGAGCAUCUCAAUCAAUGGGUCAAGCUCAAGAAUGUUCGUAUCUGGCUCCUGUGACUCAACCGCCCGAUUGUGGGAUACUCGCGUUGCUAGUCGAGCUGUGCGUACUUUUCAUGGGCAUGAGGGAGAUGUUAAUGCUGUGAAGUUCUUUCCAGAUGGCAAUAGAUUUGGAACUGGAUCUGACGAUGGAACUUGUAGAUUGUUUGACAUCAGAACUGGGCAUCAACUCCAAGUAUACUAUCAACAGCAUGGUGACAAUGAAGUCCCUCAUGUGACCUCUAUUGCAUUCUCCAUAUCAGGAAGACUUCUCUUUGCUGGAUAUUCAAAUGGUGAUUGCUAUGUUUGGGAUACUUUAUUAGCGCAGGUUGUUUUAAACUUGGGAUCUCUGCAGAAUUCGCAUGAGGGUCGGAUAAGCUGUUUGGGCUUGUCAGCAGAUGGGAGUGCCUUGUGUACAGGAAGUUAUGAUACAAACCUAAAGAUUUGGGCGUUCGGAGGCCAUAGGAAGGUGAUUUGAGAAUGGAAAAAAAAGAAAAAAGUUACCGUGUGGUCCUCUAUCAUCCAAGGUUUGUGAGUCCCUGCUACCCCAUAAUUGCAUUGUGCCUUCUUGGUUGAUUCCAUUGUGUUAAUGCAAAGAAACCAUAGUCUUGUACCAUUGCUUCUAGUAAUCCUUAAUGUGAAAAACUGAGUUUGAGGGAAGAAGAGGGAAAAUGUUAGACGAAGACCUUGACUGAUGGGAGUAGCCAUUUGUUUCUUUCAUGGCCUAUUAUUCCUCACUUGUGCUCUUACUCUUUGUAAUUGAAGUUCCGACUUCUAUUUAUUUAAUAUUUAAAUCUUCAGUAAAGCAAAACCAGGGAAACCGAUUGAAGUUC